CCGCCGAGCAUCCUCACCCUGAGCUUUAUCUGAUCUAAACUCUGCGGGGGCAGGCUUCAAGUCCCAUCACUGGUUAAAGGGGGGAGGUGGGCUGCAGAAGACCAGAGACUACCCCUGGGCCCCGCGCGAGCUGGCGACACCUGCUUCGGCUGAAAACCCUCCUCCUCUCUUGGACUCCUCGCAAACUCUGAUUUCUUUCUAAAAUAAUGCAGCUAGAGAACAUCCUUCCCAGCGCCAGCAUCAAUCUACCCAAGACCUUCUACAACCUGUCCUCCUCAGACACCGCCAGCACYAGCCCCAGGCCCUCCUCUCAGCUCGAGUACCAAGAGGUGGAGCGGGAGUCCUUGUCCGGCGGUGCCAACAAGAAGUACCUGAGCGGGGUGGGCAACGGGAUGCUGGGGGAGGGAGAGGGGGACGCCGGGAGGAAGGGCUCCCCGGUGCUGGGGGAGGACGAGCUGACGAGUGGCCGGCGGUACAACAUCGACGAACUCGGUUCUGACAGAUACUUCAUCUCGUCCUCCCAGGCGAGUUCCGACAUGGCGAACCCGUGUUCCUUGUUUCCGUACGCGGGACAGACGGGCUCGGUGUACGGCGGCACGGGCGGCUCCAGGUACCCGGCCUCCUUGCAUUACGGCUCGGUCCUGCCGCCCGCGGGCUUCUCCGCGCCGUCCGUGUGCAGCGGCCGGAGCCAGUUCGGCAGCGGCGGGUACCAGUUCAGCCAGGGGCCCGGCUGCUUGUACCCGUCCUACUCCGGGACGGGGACCGGGAUCGGGUCCAUGUCUCUGCCCGGCUCUGCUGCGGGGGCUCGGGCUCAGGUGUACCUGUGUAACCGGCCUCUGUGGCUGAAGUUCCACCGGCACCAGACCGAGAUGAUCAUCACCAAGCAGGGCAGACGGAUGUUUCCUUUCCUCAGCUUCAACAUCACGGGCCUGAACCUCACGGCCCACUACAACGUGUUCGUGGAGGUGGUUCUGGCCGACCCGAACCACUGGCGCUUCCAGGGAGGCAAGUGGGUCACUUGUGGAAAAGCAGACAAUAAUAUGCAAGGUAACAAAGUGUACGUUCACCCUGAAUCUCCAAACACCGGUGCUCACUGGAUGAGACAAGAAAUCUCUUUCGGCAAAUUGAAGCUGACGAACAAUAAAGGAGCCAACAACAACAACACACAGAUGAUAGUGCUGCAGUCGCUUCAUAAAUACCAGCCCCGUUUGCACAUUGUGGAAGUGACGGAGGACGGAGUGGAGGACAUGAGCAACGAGUCCAGAACCCAGACCUUCACCUUCCCAGAGAACCAGUUUAUUGCUGUCACAGCUUACCAGAACACAGAUAUCACACAGCUGAAGAUUGACCACAACCCAUUUGCAAAAGGCUUCCGGGAYAACUAUGACUCGAUGUACACAGCUCCGGAAAGCGACAGGCUGACUCCGUCGCCAACAGACUCGCCUCGCUCGACCCAAAUCGUGCCCGGAGCUCGCUACGCCAUGCAGCCUUUCUUUCAGGACCAGUUUGUCAACAACCUGCCUCAGAACCGCUUCUAUACCGGCGAACGGGCCGUGCCCCAAACCAACAGCCUUCUGUCCCCGCAGAGCGAGGACCCCAGCGCGGCUGCUUCRGCCCAGCGCUGGUUCGUCCCCCCGGUCCAGCAGCCGGGCUCCAACAAGCUCGACCUCUCGUAUGAAAAUGACUAUUCCACCAGCAGCCUGCUGUCGUACGGCAUCAAACCUCUGUCCCUGCAGACRUCCCACGCCCUCAGCUACUACCCAGACUCGGCCUUUGCUUCCAUGGCUGCAGGCUGGGGGACUAGAAGCUCUUACCAGCGCAAAAUGACCACGGGCCUGCCCUGGUCCCCUCGCCCCAGCCCCCCAGCGUUCUCAGAGGACCAGUUGGGGGCCAGUAAAGAAAAGCUACCGGAGGAGACCGCUCAGCCCACCUCGACCUGGAUCGAGACCUCCCACUCUCUGAAAUCAAUGGACUCUACCGACUCGGGUGUGUACUCCAUGGUGUGCAAGAGGCGCAGGAUGUCCCCCGGGGGCUCGAGCACAGAGAACUCCCCGACCAUCAAGUGCGAGGACUUGACUACGGAGGAGUACAACAAGGACAACCCAAAAGGCAUGGGUUAUUAUGCUUUCUACACAAGCCCCUAAGACUGUAUUUAUUUCAGCUGAAUAUGAUGAUUUGGUUUUGAUCAAUGAGUGACUCCAUUCCUUGUUAAUGUCUUUUUUCUCUUUUCUCUAAAGGUGCCAAAGCUUAGUGUUUCCCCAAGCAAGCUGCACAAGGUUAUUUUCCCAGGCCAGCCCCUCUCACAUGAGCAGAAACAUGCAUAGUGAUUUGUUGUUUUCAAAAAAUAAUAAAAGAGGAAAAAAAUGAAGCAUGUUCCAAUUAAAUUCAAUUAUUUUUUCAACAUUUUUUUUAUUUUAAAAUGUGAUUUCUUCUUUUCCCCCCAUAUUCUGCGUAUUUAAGUCCUUUUUGUUGUACAGUAUUUGUGCACUUUAGAAUGUGAUGUAUCUUGUACAAAUUGUCUUCAUGGAGGUGUUAUUAAAUGGAAAAAUAAAACUGGCUUUUCAUAAAGCAUUGUGGAAA